CGCAUUGUGAUUAAGAAAUGGUAGCUUGAAAUUGUCUCCAGGGAAAAGGCAAUAUGGCGGUUGUAUCCAUUGGAAUCAGUAGCAAUGUCUCUUCACUCACUUCUGAAAAGAGGUAUCCUGUGUCCACAACUAUAGGUCAGCUAAAAGCUAGAUUGGAGCUCAUUACAGGGGCUAGCUGCUCAACAGUGAAACUGGAGCUUCGUGACAGCGAUAAUAAAUUCAUUCGCUUCCUUGACAAUGAUCAAGCGACCUUGGAGGACUGUGGCAUUGUUGAUGGAAUGAUAGUACACGCAAAUGAUUCUAAUCCUUCUCGAGAAUUCACUGAUGUUUCCAAGGUUGAAAAAUAUGAAAUGUCUGAGGAGGAAUAUUCUAAAAGAGCAGACUCUGUGCGAGUUUUUAAAGAAAAGAUGAAGCAAAUGCAGCAAAAUCAAAGUGCACCAGAGGAGGGGGAUGAAGAGGAGGAGAGAAAGAGAAAAGAAGAAGAAGAAUUAGCUAAAUCGAUAAGUGUUGGUCAGCGGUGUCUCGUGACCGUCAAGAAAGACCUGCCUAAGCGAGGCACCGUCAUGUUUGUAGGCAAGACUCAUUUUAAAGAUGGCUACUGGGUAGGCGUGAAAUAUGAUGAACCUGUUGGAAAGAAUGAUGGAAGCGUGGAGGGUAAGAGAUACUUUGACUGUCCGAUGAAGUACGGGUCUUUUGUAAAGCCAGGCACAGUUCAAGUUGGUGACUACCCAGAGCUUUCUUUAAGUGAUGACGAAAUGUAACUAACUCUAUGAAAAAGCAUCACUUAUUUCCUUUACUAUAUUAUGCAUAAUCUAUUGCUCAUUUUAAUUUUUGUUAUUAUUAGUAGGAUGGCUGGUUAUAGAUUUAAUGUUACAUUUUACAUGCAAAA